AUGUCAGCAGUGGCAGAGAAGGAGGUAGACGUGGAUCAACCUAACAGGAGAAAAAUAGGUGGUCCAAUAAUCGAGGCCUCCCAGGAGCCUGAAGAAUACCAACAAGCUUUGAAGAUAAUUCUGGGAACUGUGGUUGGAGUUAUUGCCCUUGUUGGUAUCAUAGCUUUAAUACUACUGCUAUAUAGAUUAUGGAAGAAACAACAGAUAGAUGAGCUAGAUAUCAGUCAAAAACAGCUACCAAAUGUACUACUCCUCUACUCUGAUGAUUGUCCUGUACACGAGAAGGUUGCUCAGUCAUUGGCUGGAUAUCUUAUCGAGAGCUGCGAUUGCAAUGUCUUCUUCGAUCUAUUUGAGGAGCAGAUAAUCCACCAUCGCGGCCUGGAUACGUGGCUUGUUGAACGCUUACAGGAAGCUGAUAUCAUUAUGGUUCUGUGUAGUAUCGGUGCUCGGUUGAGAUGUUCAAAGAAGCGGAAUCGAUUCAAAGCAUCCAGUGAUCGCACAUUGUCUGAUUAUUUUGCAGUAGCCGUCGAUUACGUCGGUGAAAAAAUGCGGGUUGAACGAAGCAAGGAUCAAUCUUUGUCGAAGUUUGUGACAGUUUUCAUGGAUUACUCUACAUCUAGUGAUAUUCCCCCUCAAUUAGAGGCUGGAGCAAGGUUUUGUCUGAUGAAGGACAUUAACAAACUAUACCACUAUAUUCACGGCGUUCAUGUUGACGAUAACUCAUCAAAAUCUGAAGAUUCUUAUCCAGGGGUAACUGAUAAAAAUUUUCAAAAUAGUGAAGUGGGUACAGAGUUAUUCGUCGCAAUCGAACAAGCGCGGGAAUAUUUCCGUAAAAAUCCUAAUUGGGUCGAUGAUCGACUGGAACAGAUGAACCCACCAAAUAUUGUGAAAGCCAAAGCUAGACAUUAUCGCAAAAAUUCCCUAGAACAACCACUACUUAGUAACUACAAUAAAAACGACUCAAGAAAUUUACACAACUCAUCAAAAGUUGAUGCAUUGAUUGAAGUUCACACAUUGCCAAGAAUUUCGAAAGAUCAAACCACAUCAAAUCUUCCUUACAGUCGACAGAAUUCUCUCCCCUCUUCACUCAGCAGUCAACUUACAGGGCAGAUAUCAACAACGCAAGUGAACAUAUCAAAAAGUUACGAACUUAUGCCGGGAAGCGAUCAUUAUAACAGUGGUAUCUGUGUGUUUUGUGGUCAGGAGACACACAAUGACGGAGAGUAUAAAUGCCCAGGGUUGAAAAGAACAGUCAAAAAUACUGACGAUGAUGUUGAAUCAAACACGUCUCGUUCCAAAAGCAAAUCAAUGCCUACAGUAUAUCCUAAUAGCAUUAACAGUUCUCAAACAGUCUUUCAAGCCGAGGUUCACAAAGCGUGGGAUGAAGGUGGACGUAUAUCACCGUCAGAUUCUCAAGAUACAGAGUCAUUCACUGGUUCUGAUACGUUAGAACGCGACAUUCGUUCACUCACUGUACCUCCCACCUUCGACCAUGUACAUUAUUCUAUUUCGUCCCAUUUCUUCACCGAACCAUAUCAACUAUUGCCAACCCUCGUUCAUUCAAACUCGGAUCAUCGUAUUAAACCUGUUCCCACCUUAUUACGAGUCAAUACAAAUCAAAAGGAAGAUGAAGCACUUUUUCUUGUUCCUUCUCUAGAGAACGCUAUACCAUUAAAAAUACUGUGA